CGGUCAUUGCGCUUAAUGAAUUCUUUCCCUCCUCCCUACUCUAUGCCUGAAGGAGUAGAUGGCCCACUGUGCAGCUUUAAGACCAACUUCAAGUUAAGUUUAGUCUGUUUAAUGCUCAUCUAGAUUCAGUGUUUCUUUAGCUCUUUUCUUGCUUGUUUGUAGUCCAGGCUCAGGAAACAACAGGACUGAGAUUAAGUGUAACUGAAAAGUAUCAGUGACUUGUCAGCUAGAAUGCGAUGCCUUGGCUUUGUCCGCUGCUUGAGAAAACGGUGGGCCCCAGCACAAACAUCCCGGCUUGUUAAUGAGAGAAAUCUGCAUAGAUCUGUGCAUCGUCUGGAACAGAAGAAGAUGAUGGCAGAGAACACACCAUGGGCUCUGAUCUCAGAGGUGGGCGGGGAGGGUUACCUUGAAGAUUGCACCAAUAUUAUGAAACAACACUUCAACAUCAUCUCCAACAAAGACUUUCUACAAAACCCCGUCCUGCAUGGCCCAAAAAUCCAGGCCCUGUUUGUCUGGAACUGCUGUCCUGCAGCUGAGCCUUCGCUGCUGAGUUCCCUGCCAUCGCUGAAAGUGGUCGCCAACGGGGGAGUGGGUAUCGACCACCUGGAUGUGCCGUACAUCAACAGUCUUGGUGUGAAGGUGACCAACACGCCCGGCGUGGUGAGUGAUGCAACUGCAGAUAUCGCCAUGGGUUUGCUUCUGGCAUCAGCACGGAAGAUUGUUGAGGGUCACCUAGUAGCUGUUGAUCCCAAGACCACCCACAUACCUCAAAGCCUGAUGGGAGUUGAAGUCACAGGGUCGACUUUGGGGAUUAUUGGAAUGGGACACAUUGGAUACAAAAUCGCUCAGAGAAGCAAAGGCUUUGAUAUGAAGAUCCUUUAUCACAACAGAAGCAGAAGGAGUGUUGAAGAUGAGCAGGCGUUGGGGGCAAUUUACUGCAAGAACAUAGAUGACCUGCUGAAAGAGUCGGACUUUGUCAUGCUGGUAGUCAGUCUGACCUCAGAGACCACAGGCUUGAUCAGCCACAGAGAGUUGUCCCUCAUGAAACCCACAGCAACACUGAUCAAUGUCAGCAGAGGUUUGGUUGUGGACCAGGGGGCUUUAGUCAAAGCUCUGCAGUCUGGAGGAAUCCGAGCAGCAGCUUUAGAUGUGACCCACCCUGAACCUUUACCCAGGGAUCACCCUCUCCUCAGUCUACCCAAUGUGCUGAUCACUCCUCAUGUCGGGACCAACACGUAUACCACCACAAGAAGGAUGGUGCAGCGGAUGGUAGAAAAUGCAGUGGCUGCUGUGAAAGGUCUUUCUGUUCCCAACGAAGUCAAACCGAAAUUACUGCAUUGACCUUAUCUGUUGGUACUGAGGACCAUACACCUGUUUUUAUCUGGUUGGUUGCAUCUUAGAUAGUCAACAUGGAUGCCCCAAGCUGCAAAAAAUUCACAAUUGUGGCAGUUUGUCAGUAAUGACAACUAAAGAUAUAAUUGCUGACAGUAAAUAUGACUUUUCUAAUAAAGAAUUUAGUUUUACUGGAUAAUAAAGCAAUCAAAAUAUUCUUGUUUCUUUCUACUGUUUUCAGAUUAGUGCACCGUCUUUAAUCUCUAACAUCAGCUAGAAAAAUUGGAAAAAAAGAUUUUUAGAAAGGCAGACACUCAGCAUCUGUUCUUGUAAUGGUACAAAACUGCAGAUGAUUUAUAAUCGAUGCAUGGACCUUGUAUUUAUUAAUUGAAUAUGCUACUCUUGCUGUAGCCACAAGACUUCUGUUGUAAUUGUAUUAAUUUAUUGCAUUUUGCUAAAUUCCAGUCCACAAUUUUAUUAAAAUUCUCAUUAUGGUGCCCCAUUUUUUUCAUGAUCAAUAAAUGUCAUAGC